GUAGCCAUUUUUACCUAAACGAUGAUCCGGAUCGAUGAGACUAUCGAACAUCCUGACAUUACCCUUGUCUGUGCCGAACUCAGAGCGCGUGGAUGGAACGUGGUUUCCUGUGAUACUCUCGAUAGUAUGCGCACUUCAGAAAUGCGUACCAACCGCAUCCACUUGGUUCUAACUUGGAGAUGCGUGGAGCCAAACCUUUUUACUAGUCCAUCAGACAUGGAACCAAGAGUGGAGGCCAGUCUCGUGGCCAUAUUGCCAUUGUCAACCCAGUUAACAUGCUUACAGUAUCAUCAGAUGGUAAAACGAAUGGAAGGAAUCAAAGAAGAUGUAAUCCGUCGAAUUCAGCUACCUGCAGACAUUCUGGCCCUUGGAGUAACUCUUAGCACUGCCUCUUUCAGCAUCCAGCUGGCCUACUUGGAUUCGGAUGGGCGCGCACUCCUGCUGACUGCAUUCACUGGCAUCCAUCCGGUUGAGGACAAAAAACGUUUCGAAAGACACAAAUGACAGACACUCACCAGUACACUGUAUACUUCAAAC